AGGUUUCCUCGGCGGCCCCACGCUUGUCUUUGACAGUGAGCCUCGCUAGCUGUCGUGCGCUGUAAGUCUCGAGCCAUUCAAACUAAGUAGGUAGCCGGUGAUCUAAUUCAGCACGAGCCCUCACCUUUAGGGACAGUUAGCUUCAGCAAGGCGCUCGGGACUCGCGCUCACCGGUGUUUGGCAGCCGACAGAAAGAGACGCGACAAAGAUGUCUAAGGACACGGAAGGGAAGAGCGAGAAAAUUAUGGACAUGGAGAGCAAGGUGUUGUGGUACCCGGACUCCAAGAGGAACACACAGAUGGACAAGUUCAGGAUACAGGUCAACGGGGACUACGGACUUAAUCUGGCCAACUACAAUGAUUUGUACCAGUGGUCGGUGGACAGCUACUCAGAGUUCUGGGGGGAGGUGUGGCGCUUCAGUGGAGUAGUCAGCUCUAAACCGUAUGAAGAGGUUGUGGAUGUAUCCAAACAGAUCUCAGAUGUUCCAGAGUGGUUUAAAGGAGCUCGGCUCAACUACGCUGAGAACCUGCUUAAACAUGCAGACCAGGACAAAGUCGCUCUCUACGCUGCAACGGAGGCAAAUGAUGAGAUUGUGAAGGUGACGUUUGGGGAGCUGAGGAGCGACGUGGCGUUGUUUGCUGCAGCCAUGAGGAAGAUGGGCGUCCAGACUGGAGACAGGGUCGUAGGCUACCUACCCAAUGGUAUCCAUGCAGUGGAGGCCAUGUUAGCAGCAGCCAGCAUUGGAGCCAUUUGGAGCUCCACGUCUGUUGACUUUGGAGUCAAUGGUGUCCUUGACAGGUUUUCUCAAAUUCAGCCCAAACUGAUCUUCUCUGUUGCUGCUGUGGUGUACAAUGGCAAAACACAUGACCACAUGGAAAAACUCAUCAGUGUUGUCAAAGGUCUGCCUGACCUGAAGAAAGUAGUGGUGAUUCCCUAUGCUCGCUCCAAACAUGAGACCGACCUCUCCAAGAUCCCUAACAGUGUAUUUUUAGAUGAUUUCUUAGCAUCUGGGCGUGGUGAGGGUGACCAAUUUCCUCAGCUGGAGUUUGAGCAGCUUCCAUUCAGUCAUCCUCUGUUUAUUAUGUACUCUUCUGGCACCACAGGAGCUCCUAAAUGUAUGGUCCACUCUGCUGGGGGCACGCUCAUUCAACACUUGAAAGAACACAUUCUCCAUGGAAAUAUGACCAGCAGUGAUGUCAUCAUUUACUACACCACGACCGGCUGGAUGAUGUGGAACUGGCUGGUGUCUGCUCUGGCAGUGGGAGCCUCUGUGGUUUUAUAUGAUGGUUCACCACUAAUGCCCACGCCCAAUGUACUGUGGAACCUGACAGACCAGCUGGGCAUCACUAUCUUUGGUACCGGGGCCAAGUGGCUGUCUGUGCUGCAGGAGAGGAACCUGAAACCCGGGGAAACACACAAUCUCCAGUCUCUCCACACCAUCCUGUCUACUGGAUCUCCUCUCAAACCUCAAAGCUACGACUACGUCUUCCGCUGCAUUAAGAGCAACGUGCUGCUGGGCUCCAUCUCAGGCGGUACUGACAUAGUGUCGUGUUUCAUGGGUCAAAACCCAACAGUUCCAGUGUAUCGGGGCGAGAUCCAAUCAAGAAACCUUGGCAUGGCCGUGGAAGCCUGGAGCAUUGAAGGUAAGCCUGUAUGGGGAGAGAGCGGGGAGCUUGUCUGCUUGAAGCCAAUCCCCUGCCAGCCAACACACUUCUGGAACGAUGAGAACGGAAGCAAAUAUCACAAAGCGUACUUUUCCUCAUAUCCUGGGGUGUGGGCCCACGGAGACUACUGUAAAAUCAACCCAAAGACAGGAGGCAUUGUCAUGCUGGGCAGAAGUGAUGGCACAUUGAAUCCCAACGGAGUCCGAUUUGGCAGCUCAGAGAUCUACAACAUUGUGGAGGCGUUUGAGGAAGUGUCAGACAGUCUUUGUGUUCCUCAGUACAACACAGACGGAGAAGAGCGAGUUAUUUUGUUCUUAAAGAUGGCACCUGGUAAGCCCUUCUGUCCGGAGUUGUUGGCGAAGAUUAAAGGAGCCAUUAGAAAAGCUCUGUCUGCCCGACAUGUCCCUGCUCUGCUGCUGGAGACCAGAGACAUUCCUUACACCAUCAGCGGUAAGAAGGUGGAGGUGGCUGUGAAACAGGUGAUUGCUGGGCGGGAGGUGGCGCAAAGAGGAGCUUUCUCCAACCCUGAUUCGCUGGACCUCUACAAGAACAUCCCUGAACUGCAAAACUAUUAGAGAUGAGGCUUCAUGGAGCUGGAGAAGAGCACCUGAAAGAGAGAACCAACCACCUGACAAGAAUUCAGCUUAGUUUUUAAAUUAACUUUAUUAAAAUUUACAGACACAGGGAGAAAUGCAGAGUGCAUUACAGGUGUAGUUUACAAAGGCACUCUAAAGCUUUGUACAGGGCAUAAAAAAAGGAAAAAAUAUGUAUGUCAAAAUAAUACAAAAAGGGUACAAAUAAUAUGUGUAUAUAAUAAGCCUAUGGUAUCAGGCAGACAAGAGACUUUAAAACAUUUAUGUGUACUGCUCCAUAGCUUUCAGUCAAGUGAUCAAGCAGCUGCUCUUAGUCUACCAUGUUAUGCAAGUAAAUGUUGAACUGGAUUCAGCUUUUGGAUGUGAUAUGAUGUGCACAGGAGCGCUUGUGAAUACGCUCAUGUUCUGAAGCAAUGGAGAAGAGAAAUUUAGCAUCAAGUGUUUUGCUUUGGCUUCACAGUCUGAUUGCUGUCAGCCAGUGAAGAACCAUAUCUCUCUGUGUCACCUGCUUUAACCCCCUGUGUUGGUACUCAGUGGGUCCCAGACUGAAAAUCCAUUGAAUUGUGCAGUUAAACACAUACAAACAUCUGGGAUUAACACUUCAGCUUCCGCUCAUACCGCCAUACCAUUGUUAUGUGGUGUGUAUUGCUUUAUUAAACGUGUAUAUAUAAAUAUAUAUUUUUUGGAUUGUGAAAUUAUGUUAACUUACUUAAUUAUGCAUUUAAAGAUAGUGACUCAAACCUGUUAACCAAAGUGAGUCUCGGACAUAGAGGGUUGUAACAUGUCAGGAGUUGGAGUUUGAAUAAAUGAACCAGAGAUUCCAGAUAAAACAAACUGAACUUUUGUCCCAACUCUUAGAAAAGUUAUUGAUUUCCUGUGUGUGUGACAUGCUCAAAUCCUAACCCUCAUUUGACUUUGUAACCCGUAAUUGUAUUUCAUUCCACCUCCAGACGUCAAGGCAUGAAUGGAUGAAGCUCAAGUGUGAGCAAAUGUUCAUUUCACCACAAAAGCCUGUAUUUUCUAGUUCCAUAUCUAUGUUCCAUGUUUGUAAUACCUGUAAGAAAAUGUGUUGUCUUCAAAUAGCAAAUAGUACAGCCUGUACUAAUAUUACCAGUGCUGUGUGGCAAAGCCUAAAGGCUUAUUAAUGCCGUUAAAGAUGAACUGCAAUGUUUUUGGUCACUAGUAGCACUACUGAGCAACAUGGGUGUAGAUUAACAAAAACUCUUAUCACUUACAUUUCAUGUUGACAGAAAAAAAUCUGACCAGAAUGUGAAUUGUGGAGAAAUCACAGAUACUAAUGUUAGAGAAACAUUCUUCAGAGAACAAUUACUGAUACAAAGGUAGCAUUUUUCUUACUGGACCUUUUUGUGGUUUUUCAGGAUUGUUCUUGUUUAGCUCUUUCUUACUUGUUUUCAGAUCAUUUUAAACAUGUUUAACGGUAUGAAUGUAAAUAAAUCAACUUAAAACUCUGCAGUUCAUCUUUAAUGUCGCUGCUGAGAUAGGAUAAGAUUCCUCUUUAAAGGUACCCUGUGGACUUUUUGACCACAAGGAGCACUGUGGAGCAACGUUUCGCUGAGUUGGCAUCCAUUUUGCACAAGCAUGUGGGCGAAGGCGCACAUAUUCCUGCCAGUGGUGUCACCGUAUUCCCCUGAUCGACAGGUUAAAGUUGCAAUACACUCGCAGAAGGGAAAUGUAGGGAAGACCAAAAGCUAGCAAACAUGGAUGUAAAAUUUUAAUGUUUUAUGAGGUUCCUUAGGCUUCAAGGAUACACACAUUGCCUUUUGGUGAGAAACACUGUAUGUUAAAAGAACCACAGGGUACCUUUUAAAAUCUCAAAGAUGCCUAGGUUCUCUCUCUCAUUGUGACAGGGAUCAUAUUAGGUAACUGUACACUGUACUUGACACUGCACUUAAGUACUGUAUAUGCGACUUUGUUCAUGGUGAAAUCUGGUGAUCUACUGUUCCAUAUGCAUGCAGGUUAUGCAGUUUCUUUUUUUUUUUCAACACUAAAUGUUUCUCAUAAUAGGCCAAGAGUUUGCAAACAUAAUUCUGGGUGUAUCACGUGUAAGUUGAUUAUAUUUGGUUCUUUCUUGUCCGCAUUUAGUGAAUCCACAAUGUAAUUUUUUACUUAUUUUGGUGUUGCGAGAAAAUUUAUUGAAUCAGUUGUGACAAGUGUCUUUUGUCUUUUUCUUUCUAUAGUUUAUUUUCUCUUUUACACAAUAGCAUGAUGGUGGUCAAUGUCUAGGUCUAGUUCAUGUUGGCUAUGUUCAGUAGGGGGAAUAUUUGCAUUAGAUACCGCUUAAGUUGUGUACAAAGGGAGAUUUUGAGGUGCAUUUCCUGGUUGACAACUGUCAGCUAGCCAUUGAAGUAAAGCCAGUCUGAGAGCAAAAGCUCAUACAAACAAUUUGUCUUCCAAAACUUCAGCUUUUAAUACCCGUUGCAGAUUUACAGCAUCCACAUUGCUUUCCUAAGAUAAACUGUAGGAGACCCUUUAUUCCAUGCUUGCUGGACACAGCACAUGUGUAACAGUUUACUGAAAUAUUUAUUUCUGAGUUUUGACACAAAAACCACCAGAGUCUCAAAUGUGAUCGCCAAAAGUCCAUUCAUUUUUUUUAAGCAAGAACAUUGUGACAUAUUCAUUCAUUGCUCCUUUGUCAGCAGUUUGUAGCUUUAUCUUUUGGGUUUUUAACACCAUCAGCAGCCAAUAACAUACAAUCACUAAAUCAGCAUUGGUGCUUCAGUUAGCAGCUUGUGAUGUUUUGACCACCUCAGCACGUGAACUUCUGCUUUAGGGUGAAGAAUAAACAACUGUCAGACUGGUGGAAUAACAGAAAA